UGAUGGCCACGUCAUUCCGUUUUCUCUACUGGCGCAUCUGCUGCUAUGUGUGCACGCGGACGGCCAAGCGGCCGAGGAAUGCCCGCUCCAGGCAGCGGUCGGUAAGGGGACAGCGGUAUGCCCGCUCCCAGCCGCCACCCUCGUUCCGUCGAUCCAUGAAGAUGACACAGCGAUCGGGCAAUGACUCCGGGUUCGGUCCCUCCAUGGGGCAUGCCCAUUCCGAUCCGGAGCUGCGCAUCAUGGGGCGGGGCGUCGGCGGCGGCUACGGGAGUUUGGCCACCUCAGCAGUGGAGGACGCAAUCGCCGCCAGCAGCAGAUUGCGGCACAGCCUCGCCAGCAGCGGCACAACAUCUACGGGGUGUAGCGCUUGUAGCAGGGAAUGCUGA